GUUAAAUGGACGAGAUCUGUGCUGCUCAUGGUGGUGCGCUCCAUUCUGGUCCACCGCUGUCUCUACAAGGCGGACUGUUCGACUUUUUGAUGCACUUGCCAGCUGCAUAAGUCUAAACGGUAGCGCGUUGGAGUUGCCUUUGGCAUUUCCAAAAGCACAUUCCCUUCUCGUUAUUUGGUCAUUUGGACUCUGUACCAGUCCUUGUGAACCAAAACGCGCACUGCAAACGUCCCUUAGUCCAAGAUCCCGCGACGGGCUGGACCAUAGUCUAAACAUGGAUACGACCAAAACCCGUCCUGCAUCUCUUGUCUACUUUGCAGUCUUCAACCCCACCUUUGGACAAACAGAGAAAACAUCAGCAGACCAAAUUUGCUUCUUCCAUCCAGCAUCAACGUCACUCAAUGAAAAGUCUCGUCAGGUUGGACUCGCACAGGCCUUGGUGCAGUUUACGAGAACCUUUUCACCAUCCCACCCCUGCGAGACCGUCCACACCCGUAAACACCGUGUCAUUCUUUACGAACCCGAGCCCGGAUACUGGAUGUUAUUGAAAGUAAGACUUGGAACGCGGACGAGAUCAGCACGACUGAGCAAAAUCGAGUAUUUGGACAGUGAGCUGCAGGAUAGUAUUUUGAAAAGAGUUUUGGAGCGGAGUUAUGAGUUUUUCAAGUUUCUUUACAAGGGGUUCGAUCAUGUCGCUCAAACCCAAUCCAUCAUCAUACUCAAAAAGACUCUGGAAGAGUUUUUUACAAGCUAUAUACCACGAAUAGAUGUUGCAUCACUGGACUUGGUCAAUGCCCUAUGUGGUAUCCAUUUUGCAUCGCUAGACAAAUCUUCGUACCUACAGAUAUCCUCCUUUAUCCAUGAUCUCCAAUCCCAGUUUCCCAUCCUGCGUCAUGUUUGCUUCCUCUGGCACGAUCAACUCGUGUGGAGCGGGCUCGAAAGCUUUCAAGAUUUAAAAAGCGUCUACGAUUUUUUGACAGAUCCCGAAACGGGCCGGGUGUAUGACCCGAUUGUCAAUCAAGUCAAACGAAAAGGCGAGCCCGUGAUAGCUACACGUCGAAUGGGCCUUCGGGCUCCGCGUCAGCCAAAGAUGGCGCUAGGGAGAAAAGGACAGCGGUUUUCUGGGUACUUGGUGGGACCAACGAAUCCCAGUAUGGCUGGCGUAAACGUUGAAAUGAGGAGCGUGUAUAUUGGACACCACGCUGUUGAGCAUUUUCUUGUUGUGUAUCAGUUUGAAGAGGAGUGCACAUUGGUCUUUCUCAUACCCCCAUCAUCAACAGUAGAUGUCAACCCAACCGACAAAAAACCACCAGAAACUGAUAUCCGGAACGGAGAGUUUUAUGUCCAUUUAGCAGGGUUUCUUGAUGACCGGCUGCGAUCCCUAUCAGGCGUCCUGUCGGAGGGAUGGACAAAUGCCCGACAUCUAGGUGAAUUUGCGGACCAACACUUUCGGUACCUCUACUACAACUCCAUGAACCUCGCAUUCAAAACCUCUAUUGGAGCGUAUAAAUCCACCAUCUUAACACCUGACCUAAUAACAUGCGUCGACAGGAUGCACGACGAUUUCAUGAGCUCGCAUGCCGGUCACCCGAACGAACUAUGUAUCAAGACCGCGUCGGAUGCGUGGGUGAUUGGACGACGAUCAGAGGAUAGAGAGUUAUUUAUGGUGUUUCCGAAAAGUGAUGCCACUUUGGUGGAUAUUGAUGAUGAAGUGAAAAGGUUUACAAUGGCGUAUUUUAGUGAUGUUUUGCAAUGAGAAUUUGGUCAAGAAGGC